UUAAUUGUCAUUUUACAGUCGUUGAUAGACGUAUCUUUCUUGUCAUGUAUUGAUUUUCAUAUUUAUAAACAGAUUUUGGUGUUAUUCGGUGUGAUAAUUCAAAAGUGAGCCUGAUCGCUUUCGGUUAUAUUCAGUAUAUGCCAUGUCUGAAGUGAGAAAACGUAAAGAAUCUGAUCCUAAACCAUUGGAAAGUGCAGAAAGUGAUCAUAUAGACAGCGAAGAUGACAAGUUGGAACUCAAGGCUCAAAUGGAUCUAUCUCACACAAUCCCAACUGGCACAGAUAAAGCACCAACCACCUUAGAAUGGGUGCUGCAAGAUUUGCCGGACAAAUGGAGGAAUUGGAUAGUGCGCUUCGUCUUCACGCUAAUAAUGAUAGUAUUUUUUGGUUUGGUGAUUUACGGUGGGCCGUUGGCAUUGAUGAUCACUACAUUAGUGGUGCAAGUGAAAUGCUUUCAAGAGAUCAUCAAUAUAGGGUAUGCAGUAUACAGAAUACAUGGUCUUCCAUGGUUCCGUUCAUUGUCCUGGUAUUUUCUACUCACCUCUAAUUACUUCUUCUAUGGAGAAAAUCUAGUCGAUUAUUUCGGAGUGGCUAUUAAUAGAACGGACUUACUGCGAUGGUUGGUAACAUACCACCGUUUCAUAUCCUUCUGUCUUUAUUGUGGAGGAUUCGUCUGGUUUGUUCUGAGUCUAGUCAAAAAAUAUUACAUGAAGCAAUUCUCUUUGUUUGCUUGGACUCAUGUAGCUCUCCUUAUUGUAGUAACGCAGUCCUAUUUAAUCAUUAAAAAUAUUUUUGAGGGCCUCAUUUGGUUCAUUGUCCCUGUAUCCAUGAUUAUUUGCAACGAUAUAAUGGCGUACGUUUUUGGAUUUUUCUUCGGAAAAACUCCCCUCAUUAAGUUAUCUCCCAAAAAGACUUGGGAAGGAUUCAUCGGAGGUGGAUUUUCCACUGUGGUUUUUGGAUGUUUGAUUUCCUACUUUAUGUGUCAGUUUCCUUACUUCGUGUGUCCAAUUGAAUAUAGUGAAAGUUUGGGACGAAUGACAAUGGAAUGUGAACCUAGUGCACUUUUUCAACCUGCAGAAUAUAAUCUUCCGGGCUUUUUUUCUGGGCUCAGUUUGAUUGGAAUUCCGACAACUAUUACAGCUUAUCCAUUUGUACUUCAUUCCUUGUCACUUUCACUCUUUAGUAGUGUUAUUGGACCCUUUGGAGGAUUUUUCGCAUCAGGAUUCAAGAGAGCAUUCAAAAUCAAGGACUUUGGAGACGUUAUUCCAGGACAUGGAGGAAUAAUGGAUCGAUUUGAUUGCCAAUUCCUUAUGGCCACAUUUGUUAAUGUUUAUAUUAGCAGUUUCAUACAAACUGAUAGUCCGCAAAAGCUUCUUGCUCAGGUCUUAUAUCUCAAACCAGAACAACAACUUCAACUAUUCAAUAUGUUGAAAGAGUCGUUGGAAAACCGUAGCAUCUUAGAACCAAUUACUGUAAUCAAUUAGAUCAUUUAAUAUAAUAAUUUAUUGUGGUACAAACAUAACACAUGAUUAUAUAUUUUUGAACCAUUCAUAUUCGUUGAUCUCUUUUUAUAUUUUAUCCUGGAUUACAUGAUAUAUUGUUAAUUGAAUUCCUCUCUGUAUGUAGGCUACAGAAAUUGUUUCAAAAUUUCGUUUUAUGUUUGAAUGAUUCACACAAUUGUUUUACUUUUAUUACUAACGUAAGAUUGAAAAACAUCAUUCCGUUAAUCUUAUUUUACCAAAAGCAUUCCUCAAAUAAUUAAGUGAUAAAGAUGAAAUUUUAUAAAUAUUUUAAUGAAUGGUUUGAAAAUUCAUUCAUGUAUAUUGAAUCUACACAGUGAGUGUUAUUCUUUAUAAAAAAUCUGUCACCUAUAAUAACUUUUGAUGACGUUUUAAUAGUUGUGGUGCACAUUUUAUCAACUAAUGCAAAUUAUAUAAAUAUGAAGUGUUGUGCAAUAGAAUCAUGUUGUGUUUAUAUUCGUUUCAUACGAUUUUUGUUUGAUACUAAAUAUUAAGUUUGAUUAUUUAUUUUAUUGUUUUGUAUAUAAGAAAUUAAAGUUUUAUGGUGACAUGGACUUGCAUAUUUUAGUAAAUUAAUUUAUAAUGAGUUAUCCUACUUAUAUGGAACUAAUAUAUUACUAUUUCACUUUUCCACAAAUUGAUAUUUUAUUUGACAGAAAACUCAACACAAACAAAUGGUUUGUUUUGAAAUUAUUUGGCAAACAAUGACAACUAUGACAAAAGACAGCAGAUUCAUAUAUUAAAUGUUUUUGAGUGAUAUAUCACAUACAUUUUUCACUCACUUCAGUCACUUCAAAAUGACACUAUCAAUCAUUAAAAUUAACAAGAAAAUUGCUGCUAUAUUCUUUUCAUACAUUGUUGAUACAAUAUAAAAAUAUGAAGCUCUUUGUUUUACUUUUUUGCUGUCCUUUUGGUGCUUAGUACCAAAUAUGGGAUUUCGUGGAAUAAUAUCACAUGAACAUAGUUACCAUAUAAAUGUUACUAAUGAAUAAUAUUACGAAUUAGAACUCCACAGACUGAAUUUCAACCUGUUUUCCAAGCUAAUUAAAUUAAAAUAUUGUUAUUUACCAAAGAAAAUUACAUAGUUACAUAUAUACAAAAAAAUGCUUGGAAAUUAAAGCAUUAUUUCCUGUAUAACUAUUGAUUAUCCUCAGAGUAUUUCUGAAAUUAUAUAAGAAUAUCCUUUAUUAUUUUUUUUACAGCUUAGUUCUGUAAUCAUAUUGUCUAAUAUCAAAUGAGCAACUCAUUAUAUUAGUGAUAAGCAAAUAUGGUGAUAAUCAUCGCAAAUUCGCAAAUAUUAAGUGUUGCUUUCUCUUACCUCUAUUGGUUUUGUGGAAAAGAAAGUAUAGAGGAACCCAGUAUAUUAAAUAGGUUAAACAUUGAGCAUUUAAUGAAUUAUUCGAGAAUGUCUUUUAGGCAUGGUAUUGAUCAUAAUUUAUCAGGUAUUAUGAUAUAUCUUUAUAGUAUUUAUGUUGUAAUAUUGUUUAUUGAAUCAAAUGCUACUACUGUUGUUAAAAACACUAUUUAUAAAAUGUUUUGUAUUCAAGAUGUUAAUAUAUGAUUUGAUGUAAA